UGAAUCUCCAGUUCGGAAGUGACGUGUGCUGAGGAGUCCCCAACAAGAACCUCCUGGGCCAGACGCAACAGCCGCCAUGACACUGACACUAUUUUUCCUGGCGGCGUGCAGUUUCCGGGUACAUUGCAGCACCAGCCAAGAAGACGGGCGACGAAGCGGAGGGUGGCUACCGAGUCUCGCAUCACCGGCCGCACAACCACCGAACUUCAUUAACGAGCUGCCGGCGGACCGCCCCAACUCACAGAGCUCAUAUUACGUGCCUGAAGUACCACAUUCAUUCCCAAAGAGGCCCAUUCCUGAUAUAUUCCCCGACAGUCAGUUCCUUGGACAAGUGGGUCAAUAUAUCCAGCAAGGAAUAACAAACCAUUACAUCGGAAACUUCCCAACUGGACAACAGAUCUUCAACCAGUUCGCUGGAGUGCAGGGGCAGUUCUACACUCCAUCUGCACCCCUGGUUACCCCGGUUAGCGGCGCCCUGGCGUCCAUAGCCAUGUAUGAUGACUUGAGAUGUGUACCCAGGUUGCUGUGUGAGACAGCAGCGGGAGGGAAACCCGGGUACUCGGGCAGCAAGCAGCAAGACUCGCCCGUGCCUUUCGUCAACAGAGACACCCUCUUGUCGUUGCUGACGACGUUUAAUUUCGCCGACACUUCGCCGCUGAUGGUAUUUGGACGCGCGAUCCUUCUAGGCAUCACCGCAAAAGGCGACCCAAGCACGUGCUUCUCGGCAUAUCCCAACUGUCCACGAGAACCUGAUCGUCUUGUAGACUACCUCAACAACCACAAUGGCGGCUUCUUCCGUUUCUUUGGGACACAACGACCGUACCAUCCACCUCACCACUUAAGUCGUAUUCAAACAGGAGUACCCCACUUCACUACAACAAGCCGACCUCAAGACUUCCAAGGAAACCAUCCUUACCGGUUUCAACAUCAAAUCGCUACAAGUCUGAAACCACCAUUGCCUCCUCACCAGUACACAGACCUCUUGAGGCACGAGGUAUCUACAUCAAGACAGACACUAGUGUUCCCAAGCAACGGAAAUAACAGACAAUCAAAAGGCUCAAAAUUCUUCCACCCAAAUGUUACAGAGAAUUCAGGGGUGAAAACGUUCUCCUUCCCAACCACUGGAGACGCGAAACCUAGCCUACACACUGAAAGACUGACACUAGAACAAACGAAACACACUGCGCCCAUGACGUUUCCUGACAAAACAGGUACUGGGGAAUUCAUACUGGAUAUUAAAGAUGUCAACGGACCACUUCUGAAUGUUUCACCGUUUCCACAGUUUGGAAGUCAAUAUGAAACGUCUGAUUCCACGUCGAACAGAAAGGAUAGGUUGACGUUUCCACAGAACGGGGAUAAAACUGGUACAAUGAAGUUUCCAAAAAUAUUCUACGAAAAUUCAGUGGACAAUAACAGAUAUCAGAAACAGGCUACAUCUCUCAAGUUCCCGUCAAGGGAAGACAGGACAUCAGAUUACAGAAGCCAGAUAUAAGUAAGGAGUUCGGAUUAAGCCACAAACUAUUUCCAGGUCCUCUAAAUAUAUGCGACCUAUGUAUGUUUUCCACUAUACGAUUAUUAUGUUAGCACUUCCCAAUAUCUUAGUCAUAUUUAAAUUAUACAACGUGUCUGAAGUUGAAUCUCCUUCAUCAGAUGCAAAAUGUAAGUUGAACCUACACAGUUAGGAUUGUUGGCCCAGUGAACGGGACUAGCUUUGUCUAUUCGAUCCAACUGAAUAGGAUCCCUUCCCAUUUUACACCUGAAGAAGGAAGUAAAUCCGGCUUCCGAAACGUAGCGUAAUCUAAGGCAUUGGACGACGACCAACAUCAUAAUUUUAUAGCGAAAAGGUGUUUCAUUCUAGGACGCAUGGAACAACAUUGUUGUGCUUGUCUAACAUUCGCAGAAACGCCUUACAACUUCACACGAAAUAUCAUAAGUAUCUCGCGCCAAAGCAGUAAAUUUUAAAAGCCAUCUUAAACUAAUCAUUUCCAGACAACUACUAAAGUUCCAUAUUUAUAUAGAUUUCGCGUGUAUCCUGGUAACGCGACAGUAAAUAAUAGGUUCAGGAUUUGAUAACUCGAUUUAGUGAAUAAUUUCACACGUCAUAACUACAAUUCGUUAUUACACUUUCAAGAUUACCCUAAUUAUAACACACAAAGUCUUCAAUUCACAAGUAAAGACUUCACAGGUCUUCUACAAACUUCCCGUGUCUGUCUCUUACCGAGAACUGAACUGAACUGUUGGCGUUAUUCUCGUUAUAUAUUCUCUGCAUGGAUCACGCACAGAAAACACAGUUCUACUGUUGCAUUAUGAAGGCCACACAGAGAACAUGUCACGUGAUUUGUAGCCAGUGUCCUCAUUAGUGCACUGUUACCUAGCAACGCGCAAUAAUAUUCACUCACUGAGACGCAUCUUCCAUUGUUGCCUUAUGUGUAUUCUGUCGCGGGGUGUUUACCGGUCCGUUACCAAGCAACGCUAUGGCCAUCCAAAUUACAAUAUACGUAUAUAAGAUAGUCCAGUAAGUAAAGUCUAAGUUGGCACUAACUUCGCAAACAAGCGGCGGUCGCUCGGUCGGUAUAGUUCGCUUGCGGUUUCAAGCCACGGGGUUUAGUUUUAAUUGGCAAAGUGGUUAGCGUUCGGACUGGACAAGCUUGGGCACAGACUUGAACUUAGACUUCCAGGCAUGGGUAGGGAUAUUUCUCUUCUCCAUAGCAUCCAGAUGUGGAACGUAUUUUUACGAAGGGGACAAUUGACUUGAAUUAUAAUGCAAUAUCAAUAAAAAUGUC